AUGGUCAAGCGUAUGGCAUUGGUGCUACUGCUCGUCGUUGCAAUCACGCUAUAUCUAGCAUCUACAUCAGCACAACCUGUCCCUGGAUGCCAAACAUACUGUGGAGAUAUCAAAAUACCUUAUCCAUUUGGCAUUGGUGCAAACUGUGCCAUCAAAACUGGCUUUGAGAUUAACUGCAAUAGGACUGCCGAUGGAACUAUGAAGCCAUUCAUUGUCAAUAUCGAGGUUCUAGAUAUAUCACUGCUCCAUGGUCAAACACGGGCAUUAAACGCCAUGUCAACGUAUUGCUACAAUCAUGCCACAGGAUCAAUGUAUGACAACACGUUUUGGCUUGACUUCUCAUCAUGGCCUUACCGGUUCUCUGACGUGCAAAACAAGUUCAUAGUCAUUGGCUGCAACACACUUGCUUACAUCUAUAACAGCAAAAACAGGACCGGGUACACGACAGCAUGUGCAUCAGUGUGUGCGAGCCCAGGAGCCGUGACAAAUGGCUCAUGCUCUGGUGUAGGGUGCUGCCAAAAUGCUAUUCCCAAGGGCUUAAGGCGCUAUGAUGUCUAUUUCAGAAAUGUCUAUAAUGAUCAAGAUAGUUGGCAGUUUAACCCAUGCAGCUAUGCUGCCCUUGUGGAAACAAAGACAUUUAAUUUCAGCUCCGACUACAUAACCACAAAGAGGUUCAAUGAUACAUACAAAGGGAGGCAGCCACUGGUUCUGGACUGGGUAAUUGGAGAUGAAACAUGCGAGGUGGCCAGGAACAUGACUUCUUAUGCAUGCCGCAGCGCAAACAGCGUGUGUGUGGAUUCAACCAAUGGUCCAGGGUAUAUAUGCAACUGCUCCAGGGGGUACGAAGGAAACCCUUACCUCUUGGAUGGAUGCACAGGCAAGUUAUUCUCUUUGCUAAGCUUCCAUAUGACAUUGUCAUGUUGUAUUCUGCAAACCAACAAAAUAUGUAUUGGAAGUUUGAAACACAUUGGAGAUUGCCGAGCAGAAGAUUUAAUUUCAAGUGAUGUCAAUGAAUGUGAGAAGUAUCCAAGUAAAUGCCCAAAGACUGCUGUAUGCCACAAUACAAAAGGAGAUUACCGAUGUUCAUGUCCUCCAGGCAGAAAGUUGGCGAAGGACACGAACUCUUGUAACCCAGAUAUCACCCUAAUCAUAGGCACUUGCAUCGGCUGUAUCGUUCUAGUGAUUGUCAUCUUCUGCAUGCGUUUAAUUUUUGAGAGAAGAAAGCUCACAGAUGUCAAGAAACAGUAUUUUCAGCAACAUGGAGGUGUGCUAUUAUUCGAGAAGAUGAAAUCCGACCAGGGACUUGCAUUUACGGUAUUCACUGAAGCACAAGUAGAAGAAGCAACAAACAAGUUUGACAAAAGCCAAAUUCUAGGACAUGGGGGCCAUGGGACUGUUUACAAGGGCAUUAUUAAGGGUACAAAUCCAGUGGCAAUCAAAAGAUGUGCAUUGAUUGAUGAAAGGCAUAAGAAGGAAUUUGGUAAAGAAAUGCUGAUUCUCUCCCAGAUCAAUCACAAGAACAUCGUCAAGCUGUUGGGCUGCUGCCUGGAGGUGGAAGUCCCAAUGCUGGUGUAUGAGUUCAUCCCAAAAGGAACAUUGUUUGAUCUUCUUCACGGAAAGAACCGCACACGGCACAUCCCAUUCAGUUCGCUCUUAAGGAUCGUAAAUGAGGCAGCAGAGGGGCUUGCAUUUUUACAUUCCUAUGCAAACCCACCAAUUCUACAUGGUGAUGUGAAAACUUCUAACAUCCUUCUUGAUGACAAUUACAUGGCAAAGGUAUCCGACUUUGGGGCUUCCAUACUAGUACCAACUGAUCAAGCCCAGUUUGUGACAAUGGUUCAAGGGACUUGUGGUUAUCUGGAUCCUGAAUAUAUGCAGACAUGUCGGUUGACAGAUAAAAGCGAUGUUUAUAGCUUUGGUGUCGUCCUUUUGGAAGUCCUUACUGGGCAGGUGCCACUAAAACUGGAAGGUAAUGAGUCACAAAGAAGCUUGGCAUCAUGUUUCCUAGUGGCUAUGAAGGAGAACAACCUUGAUGCCAUGUUGGAUAGUCAAAUAAAAGAUCACGAGAGCAUGGAGCUGCUUACUGGACUAGCGGAACUAGCAAAGCAAUGCUUGGAUAUGUGUGGUGACAACAGGCCCUCCAUGAAAGAGGUAUCUAUGGAGCUUACCAGAUUAAGGAGGCUUUCCAAACAUCCUUGGAUGCAUCACGAUGCUGAUACAGAGAGCUUUCUCAGUGCACCAUCAACCAGUAGUUUUGAAAUAGAACAAGGCUCUGAAUACACAAGGAAGGAUGAACAAAUGCCCAUGAAUCCAAGCAGUUCUUACUUUAUCAGAUGA